AGGUUCUGCAGCUCUGCACAUCAGAGCCCCAAGUCCAACCUCCAGCUAACGGCCAUCUGCAGCCAGUCCUGCUCGAAGGAGGGACCGAGAAAACACAUCUUAUGAUGCAGAGAGGCUGUUAUUAGGAAACUGAACUUCACACAAAUAUUUCAGCUUCUUACCUCAUUGCUUCUCAGGACAAGACAAAAAUAUGGCUUUAAGGACUGUAUCGAAAGAGCUCUGUGCUUCUUGCAAUAGAACUGUGUACCCCAUGGAACGCCUGGUUGCUGAUAAACUGGUUUUCCAUACCACCUGUUUUUGCUGCAAACAUUGCAAAGCCAAGCUGAGUUUGGGAAGCUAUGCAGCGCUGCAGGGUGAGUUUUACUGCAAGCCUCAUUUCCAACAGCUGUUCAAGAGCAAAGGAAACUAUGACGAGGGCUUUGGCCGCAAGCAGCACAAGGAACUGUGGAAGCAGAAGGCAGCGGAGACUGACUCCAAGUAAAGAUGAUGCCACUGUUGGGGAAGGAGCAGCUGGUUGGCAGUGAGCAAAAUGUGAAGCACUGACACAGUGUCUCUCUUUAAUUGGGGACACAGCAGCUGCAUUUCUUCAAUCAGCUUUAGUGUGUAAUUUAGGGGCCAUUGCUAACAUGGGGGAAGAUUGCUGUGGUCACUGUGUGUAGCGACAUUGUAAAAAUGGUCAUUAGGAUUUCCUCUGGUUAGAAGAACUUUGAAAACACAGUAUACACAGGUGUUACAAAGUCCAACCAGAGAAUAUCUUGCUGACUGGAUUUAAAUGUUGCUUCUAGAUGUCAAAUCAGACCUCAUCAUUCUGAUUUAGGAUUUAUCUACCAAUGUGGCAACAGAACUAAGAACAGCCUACUCCAUCUCCAUGCCAUACAAUUCAAACUGGAAAUAAGGGACAAAAGUAAAAGCAGUAUCGAGUUGCCUGAACUUUAUAGGCCAGAUUAACACUGGGACUUUGGGCUGUAUAUGACCACCUAACAAUCCUGCGUUACACACAGCAAUUCUUCCCUUGUCUACACAUUGCUAAUGUCUUUGGAAUGAUAGCCCACCUAGUGGGAUCAGUUUGCAAUUGCACAAUAUACUCUCAAUAAUAUAUUUCUUCUUAAAACAGGGUGGUUUUGUCACAGUGAAGUGGUUGUGCCAGAUAUUAAAACGGAGCUUUUUUGCAAACAAUGUGAAAAUGCACUGCCACCGACAAGUCCACUGUGACAGGUAUCUUUUAGCAAUCAAAGGUUUCAGUAAACACCAUGGGAAUCCUGGUGGAUCACUCACACGGCUUGCUACAAUGUAAAUUUUCCUCAUAACCCAGAGGGCAGUGCUCCCAACAAGAUGGCCUUCAAAUCAGAUUGCUUUUGCCCAGUUCCUUCACAAAAUAGAGGUCUGAAAAUAGUGUCAGUUUGGUACCAUAGGCCCUGUAACCCACCUGUACAGUCAUAUAUUUUAUCAAAUUAACUAAAUUAUUCAAACUGCCUGGCCCCUACCCUUGUACUCCUGAUCCCAGGUUAGAGAGAGCAUGCAAUUCCCAACUUGCUCUCCUCCCCCAACACACACAAUGCAGAGAUCCCCUUACAGAGCUCAGUACACACGAAUCCACUGAAAAACAGUUAAGAAACAGUGCCUUCUCCUUACAGUGAGGGUCAAUAACACUGUCACAUUUGGAGGAGGGAGGUCACUGACCCCAGCCUUCAUGAAGGACAUCAGUAACCCCAACCCCAAUGGAGGAGGCCAAUGACCCCAGUUCACAUGGUGGGGAGUAGCAUCAGACCAUAGGGAAGAGAUCAGUGACGCUUCCUCCACGGAGCUGGUCAGUAACUCCUUCCCAUACAUGGAUUCCUGAUGAAGGGCUUUUGCCCGAAACGUCGAUUUCGCUGCUCCUUGGAUGCUGCCUGAACUGCUGUGCUCUUCCAGCACCACUAAUCCAGAAUAUGGACGUCAUAGAGCCAUACACUUUGGUCCAACCAGUCCAUGCCAAACAUACUCCCAAACUAAACUAGUCCCACCUGCCUGCCCCUGGCCCAUCUCUCUCCAAACCUUUCCUAAUCAUGUACUUAUCUAAAUGUCUUUUAAAUGCAGAAACUAAGUCCUCAUCCACCACUUCCUCAAGCAGUUCAUUCCAAAUGCAAACCACCCUCUAUGUAAAAAGUUUGCCCCCAUGUCUUCUCUACAUUUCUCUUCUCUCACCUUAAAAAUGUGCCCCCGGUCUUGAAAUAUCCCAUCCUAGGGAAAAGACACCUACCAUUAACCCUAUCUAUAGCCCUCGUGAUUUAAUAAACCUCUAUCAGCAUACCUCUCAUUCUCCUAUUCUCCAGUGAAAAAAAUUCCAAGCCUUUCUUUAUAACUCAAACCGUCCAUACCUAUCCAACAUCCUGAUAAAUCUCUUCCGAACCUUCCCCAGCUUAAUAUCCUUUGUAUAGCAGGGCGUCCAGAACUGCACACGGUAGUCAAGAACAAGCCUCACCAAUACGACUUCCCAACUCCUAUAUACAAAGAACUGAGCAAUGAAGGAAAGCAUGCUAAACACCUUUUUAACCACCAUGUUUAUGACCCAAACUUCAAAUGGACAAUGACCUCCCUACCCCUGACAUCCCAAUAACUGUUUCAGUUUUUUGACGGCUCUGUUGUUUUCUCAGUAGCUGGCUUAACUUCUAGAAAUGAUGCAUGUGAUUUAAUUGUGGGGAAUUCAAUGUGUUUAUUGUUGUAUUCUGAUAUCUCUGACCUUCAGAAGUGCACUCAGCCCCAAGCUCCUCAGACAGAAUGCAAUUUUCUUUUCCCAAAUGAAACUGUGCCUCAGUAAUGGGUUAAAAGUUGAGAAUAAUAUUUUGGUACUUGAUUGUUUAAUAUGCACAUACCUAUGCAUUUUAUAUUACGGUUCAUUAAUCACAGAUAGUUUCCAGGUUUCAUUGAAUGAUUCAGCAGCCUUUUACACACUACUGAUAUUUUGUUUCCAGUCCAACAUAGUACCCAAGAAUACCUGUAUCACUCACUCUCUGAUCAAGUAUUAAAAUUAUUUAGUACUAAUCAGAGUAAUAACCAGGAAGGAUUUCAGGGAUGAUCACAUGCCUCUGGUUUGCUUCCAGCAUUCACCAAAAUUAUCAGAACAUCCACAUCAUUUCCUUCACUCUUGAGAUGAGGGAGCGGAUAGAUAACCUAUAUCUGACACUGUGCUACUCCGAAUGGACUGACAUUUGCCUUGCCCAUAAUCUCCAAAUGCAAUCUGUCCUGUGAUGUCACUGACAUUUAAAAGUCUGGAUAUUUGAGGCGCAUGCGUGCAUGGGCUGUGCUGCAUUUCAGUGGCAUGGACCAAUUUCUGGGAGCACCAGGACUUUAGAUGGAGAAAGUUACAGAAACAUACCCAAGGGUGCCAAGAGUAGUAGUGAGGGUGGGGGCACAGGCAAGGCACAUUCUCUCACUGUUAUUUUUGUUUUCUGUCCCCAUUUCGAGUCAGUCUAAUGUAUAAAAUCCAAAGCACUAAAUAUUUUUAAACCACUCCCAGAACAAUUCUAUGCUCACAAUAAUCUGUUCAAUUAUCUCAUUCCACAGUGACUGCCAUCUGCUUUUUGAGCGGGAAGCUUAGACUGCAAAUCAUGUAAGCUUCAUUGCUGUCUCACAUUCCUGUCUAUUUUGAUUGUAUUGCUCCAAUAUCCAAGGCCAAAUCACAAUGCCACAAUAGUGUGUGAACCUGUUUUACACAUCUCCACAUACACCCUGUUGAGGCUGCUACCACCUACCUUUUUGUUACCUUACCUGGAUUCUUAAACUUGCAUUUGUACUUUUGUCAGAAGAGGCAGAAGGUGGAGAGCACAGUGUCUCCGCAGUGCUGGUCUCCUGGCUCCCAGCCCCUGCUUCCCAUUAGCCCACUUCACAGUCUGUCUUUUGAUUCCAUCAGAUUUGCACACUUGCUUAGUUCAACCAAUAAACGGUUUCCUCCCCCUUUAGCUUCUGAAUGUGUUGUUUGUUUUUGGCCGAGCUGGGAGCUGCUGUGAGGCCACACAGGGAUGGGCAACAUCAGCUUUCCCAGGAAGACCCAGGUCCGAUAAAGAAAAAGGGAAAAUACUUUGAAAUCCAUAGGCUGACAGCAUCACUGAAGCAAUAUGUUCUGGAGGUAAAUUCUAUCCAUUUUGUGGAUCCCUAUCCUGGAAAGGGAUUUCGGUCUGUUGGGAGCUUCAAUGGUUAGCUCUGCUGCAAUUUUGUUUUUAAUCGGUAUGUAUCCAAAGCCACUUCACAUCCAUAGUAAAAUGAUAGUAGUCCCACAGUCUAAGACAUAUGUUUUAAACUAGGAUUGACUACUGGAAUUGGUGACCUUUUUAUACUCUUGCCCCAACCACCACCUAUGUUCUAUACAUCUCUUCUGAGCUGCAACCUCUCCUUAUACAAUAAACAAAGGGGGAAAUGUGGUCUUUCAAUCCCUUUACCCUGUUCUGACAUGCAAUCACAUCUUGCUAAUUUUUAUUGCAAUUUCAAUUCUUGCAUUUUCUCCAUAUCCCUCAAUAUUCUUUCAUAUGUUUAUCGAUCUGUUUUGAAAUCUUCAAUGGCCCCAGCAUUAGCAGAUUUCUGAUUCAAUUCCAUUGUCUUUUUGGAUGAAGAAAUGCUCCCUCACUUCAUGCCUAAAUGACUGAACUGUAAUUUUGAAAUUAUAUCAUCUUGUUCUGGAUUCCCCACCACAGCACUCAGCUUCUUUAUUUCUGCUCUUUCAAUCGUUCUAUGAACAAACUACUGCCAUCAACUUGACAUGGCAAGCUUUUAAGGUUAGUGCAACCUAGAAAUUAGAUUUUUAAAAUGUGACAUUAUUUUGAGGAAAGUCUAUACUGCAUGUGUAAAUCUGUGAUCAGCAUUUUAAGAUCUGAUGGUGUAUGAUGUCUUCACAAAGUGAAACAUUUCAAGUGCUGUUUUGUAAUGGUUGCAUGCAUUGAAUAUAUUGGUGAUUCUUGUCCCUUAGACAUGUGAGAUCAUCUUACUGAGAAGUGUGGAGCUUUGAUUCCAGUUAACCAAUUACACAGGAUCUAAUCAAUGUUGGAAUUAAAACGUUUUACAAAUUAAAUAUUAACACAAUAACCAUACUUUGCACAGCUCUCUGAUACAGCAUAUUUGUGGACAUAUUAGGCCUUUUUAAAAAACUAAUGUUUUUAAUAAAAGGGAUCAUGAUAAACUGGCUAAUGAUUCGUGAACCUUGGCCUGUGGGUGGAGCUCUCUGCCUCAGAGUUUGCCAAAUUGGUGGAGAACCCCUGCCUGCUGAUCAAUGUCCAGUCAAUCCCAAGUUAAAGUGGAUAUCAGACAAGGAUGGCAUGGGCUCAAAAUGGUGGCAAAACAGCUUUCAAAAAUGUACCAUCUACGUGAAGGAAGUCCCACUGAGCUAAAGCUUUGACACCUGUGGAACUGUACCCCGUUAUGGGUUGACCAAUUCACAAGAGGAAAGUGGGGAAAGAAAACAAAAUGAAUUUUAGGAUCUCAUGUUUCACUAAAAGGUCAGACAGGAAAAAGAUUUCCCUAAAAGAAAGAAUUAAAAAGCAACGGAUGCGACAUUAUCCAUGACACAUUUUAAGAAAUAAUCCCUUCAUUGUACAUGCUGAAUAUGAAAAGCUCAAUGCACUCAGGAUACAUAGAGUGUUAAUAUGCCAUUUCAAUCUACUUGUAUUUACUAUUAACUCCCUUGUUACAAAAGUGAGGAUUUGUGGGUACAUUUUGUGUAUACUGUGAAAGGAAUAUAACACUGAUUUUAAAAUAAAUAGACCUCUGCCAUCUGGAGCAUUUUGCUUUUGUAAAUAUGAAUGGAAGUUUUGCAGUUCAAGAUAUAACCAAAGUAUGACCAUAUGUCGAUUAACACAUCUGUCCCUCCCCACCUGAAAUUAUUUUGUUCAAACUUGAUCUGUUUAGAAGUUGCGAAACAAUUCAUUGUUUCAUUACCCACUCUCCACCCCACAAGCCAUUCACUGAAUAUGCUUGCAGAGAGCUGUCACUGUCUGGUCACUGCAUUUACAACUUACUGUUACAUGUCUGAUAUCCCUUGGUGCACAGGCCUUAUGAACAUUGUAUGUUUGUACCUUUUCUACUGUUUGUAUCUCUGAUCAUGACUGUUAAAAGUGCUGCUUUUGAAUCUGUGAUUUCACUUCUGCUUUACAAAUGUUAGAGUUUUUGACAUUAAAAUAUACAUUGUGUAA